CGCCGCUGAACACUUGUCCCCGCCGUGAUGGCCUGGUCGCCACUCCUGCCGUUCCUGCCGCUGCUGCUGCUGCUGCUGCUGGAAGUCCCCGCGGCGGCCCGGGCGUCCCCGCUGGAAACGCUCCCCGAGGGGGCGGCCGCCUGCAAGGCUGGUGACCUGUGCCUGCAGACGCUGCUCAGGAAGUCGGACCCCCCGCCCGUCAACGUGAGCCUCUACUAUGAGGCGCUGUGCCCCGGCUGCCGGUCCUUCCUGGUCCGAGAGCUCUUCCCGACAUGGCUGAUGGUCCUGGAGAUUCUCAAUGUCACGCUGGUGCCCUAUGGAAAUGCCCAGGAACGAAACGUCAGUGGCAAGUGGGAGUUCACGUGCCAGCACGGCGAGGAGGAGUGCAAGCUUAAUAAGGUGGAGGCCUGCCUGUGGGACCUGCUGGAAAAGAACUUGGCCUUCCUGACCAUUGUCUGCGUGGAGGAAAUGGAUGACAUGGAGAAAAACCUGGCGCCGUGCCUGCAGCUCUACGCCCCGAAGGUGUCCCCGGGUGCCAUCAUGGAGUGUGCAACAGGGGACCGUGGCGCGCAGCUCUUACACAUCAAUGCGCAGCUCACGGACGCUCUGCAGCCGCCUCAUGAGUACGUGCCCUGGGUCGUCGUCAACGGGAAACCCUUGAAGGAUCAGAGCCAGCUCCUGUACCUCGUCUGCCAGUUGUACCAGGGCGAGAAGCCAGACGUCUGCCAGCUCAUGGCCAGCUCCCACAGGGAAGUCUGCUUCAAGUGAUGGCCUUGCCCCAGGAGGGAGCGGAGGGGGAAGAGCCAGACCCCCUACCCUCGCCUUUCUGAUCCCUGACUCUCAGCAACUACUGCUCGGCAUCCGGAUAACUUCGACACAUUCCAUGAAGUCCAGACUCAAAUUCUGCCCCAAGAUCAAGAGUCUUGCCCCACUGGGAAUGGUGCUACAUUGAAACUAGUUUAAUAAACACUUCUGGAUGUCUUGAUUCA